AUGGAGCAGUGGCUGCCGCUGUUCCGCCACCUCCUCGUCGCCCCCGCCGCCAACGCCGCCGCCUUCUCCUCUUCCCCCUCUUCUGGAGACUGCCCCAGCGCGCCUCCCCCGGCCGCCGCGCUCCUGCGCCGCCUCCUCUCGCCAGCGCCCACGCUCCCCGCCUCCGCCUCCGCCUCCGCAUCCGACCCCACGGCCGCCAUCCUCUUCCAGACCCUACCGCCCUUCCUCCAGUCCCAGGCGCUCUCCUUCCUCGACUCUUCCGCUGACCUCCUCGACCCGCACCUCCUCCGCACACUCGCCGCCCGCGUCUUCUCCGCCCCGCCUGGCCGAUAUGGACUAUGGGUUCUCCGCGGCGCCCGCCACCUGAUCGACGGAUUGCCUGAAGAGGAAGGCGUCCCUGGUGUUCCCUCCGACGAGUUUAUCGACGGGUUUCACGAUCCGCCAACGUGGCUUAAAGAAGCGGCCGCGCGGGCGCAUCCUGUCCUGCCGUGGCUCCCCGUUGAUUGCCGGAACUUGAUGGGGAGCGGGAGCGGGACACGUGCUGGUCGUGGUGGUAGGGAUGGUUUGGACGGGAUUGGGUUGGAGACCUUGGUGUUGGUGCAAGACGAGGACGUGGAGAUGCAGGAGGCUGGACGUGUUCUUCCUCCUCCGGCUCCUCCGCUUGAGGAGUUAAUCGUGCAGAGGGUCCUGGCUAUGCAGAAGGAGAUUGUGACAGUGGAAUCUGUCUCGGCGGCCCAGCGGGUGGCGAAGGAUUUGCAGGACCUUUGCGUUCAGUCCAGGAAUGCUGCAGAAGUGCUUAGCUUAGUAGGGCCGUGGGAAGCUGAUGAUGACACUCUGAGGGUCUUGCUUUCCAGUUUAGUGCUUGAGGGAGAUGGAGUGGAUGGAAAAGGACCAGCACUUGUUCUGUGUUCUGUUUUCCUACCACUGUUACUCGAGCUUCAAAGACCAGCUUCAUCGGUUCUCCUUUCCACUGCAUUGGGUCUCUGCAAGCGCCACCCAGCUGCAGCACUGGAAGCUGUACUAUUUCCACUGGUUCUUAGAAAGGGCGGUCUAAAUGUUCCCCAGUGUGAUGUGCUAACACGUAUUAUCAAGGAAUGCAUGCAUCCACUGCACGUCACUGCUUUCUGCCAUAGGCUGCUUUCAGGAGAGGAACAAGAGAGGAAACCAGUUUGUAUGCCUCAGCAUCAGGAGAGUAUUGGUACUAAUUUGGUCUGGACAGAAUCUCUGUUCACACUAUUUUACAACAUUCUCAGUCAAGAUAUUUGCUUGACACCGAGCACUGUUGUUGAGCUAAUUUCUGUGAUUGAUGACCAGGCAUCAAAGUUCCCGAGGUCAUUGAAAUUUGGCAACUUUCUGAAGUGCUUCGUGUCAAAGUGUUGGCAUGAAUGUAAGCAUCAGAGGGGUUUACUCGAGAGAGCUGCUGAGAGAACCGACACUUUCCUGACUAAAGCUGUAUUGGCAAAACUGCGCCCUGCAAGUUGA